AGCCAAUGGAGAAGCCAGAUUCACUUAACAACUGCAGCGAUUCCCUUCACAACUAUGGCAAAAAAAAAAAAAAGAUCGUAAAUCAGGGCAAAACGUAGGAGUUGAAUUCUGGGAGCUGAAGUCCACGGGUCUUAAAGUUGCCAAGGUUGGACACCUCUGCUUUAGAUGUUGGCAAUCUGAUUUCAUGGAGGGAAGGUGAGACGAAGCAGGGAUCAGCCCAGCACCCAGCUAUUUGGAGCCAGGUUGCAGCCAUUUUGACAUUGUUUGAGACCAGUCUUGGAAACACGCAAUUGGUUCUUCAUUUCUUGAUGUCACAAUUCCUCUCCGGAGCAGCUGUGGGCCAAGAGGAUGGAAGGUUUCUCUCCCAGAGCUACUCCUGCCCAGAGGCCAAACUACAUCUUCUUUCCUGAAAAAGAUCAGCUCUUUGGCUAUUCCAGACUUGGGAGAAGCCCGUUGCCAGCAAAGUCGCCUCCGACAAAGAUGGAGAUGCUCAAUGAAUUUGACAACGAGUCCCCGCUCUACGUCUCCUUCUGCAGGCGGAUCUCUCCAGAGGAUUUUGAGAGCCAGUCGCUGACCUACACCCAGAAAGCUUUGCGGGAGCUUUACGCCCACAUGGAACAGAAUCCAGGCCUCUGCGCCGCGAUUGUGCAGAAGCGGAAGCAGCUGGACAGCGAGGAUGCUGGGUUGGUGUCCUACAUGAAGGCCAAGUUUUCUUCCUUGUUUUGCCCCGAGGAUUCCCUGAAAAUGGAUGACAUACGGAAGGAAGUCAAGCAGCUGAAAUGGGAGAUGCAGAAGGUGAAUAACUACGCUUUGGCUGCCAAAAAAGCAUCCUACUUGACCCCGGAGAGAAGAACAAGGAAGAAUCUUGCUUUGGGAACCUUCAACCCCAGCCCAACCAAACUUGGGGAGCCAGUGGUCCCAACCAUGCCCAAAAUCUUCGGACCAUUCCCAAGCCAGGGACACCACUAACAGCCCAACCGGAUCCUUGCCGAAUGCCAACUAAGCUUGUUCUCCUACUAUCAACCCUGCAGUGUUGGCUAAGCCAAGGAGCUUUAAAGAAGAUUGUAAAGUAAACCACAACCCGGACCUUGAUUCUCGCUCAACAGGAUCCUGAACCUCUCUUGGCAGAGGGGAAGAUACUAAGCAAAUGAAAGUUCUGUGCACCAUGGGUAGCCGGGUGGCGACUGUGAUGAUUGUGACUCUGAUUGCGUGGCGACUAUGUUGUGCCUCUGAACACGAGCGGCAAGGGAAGCCGAAAAGACAGGUCCGCUCUGUAUGUUUUGAAUGCAAAUCACACCCCCCACCUUGAGCUUAACAGAACAACAGAACAGAAUAAGAGAAUAACAGAGUUGGAAGGGACCUUAGAGGUCUUCUAGUCCAACCCUCUGUUCAAGCAGGAGACCCUGUGCCAUUCCAGACAAGUGAUUGUCCGGUCUUUUCCUGAAAGUAUCAUGCAUACAAUGCCAGAGAAAUCUAGAUGC